CCUCCUCUCUCUCCCUCUCUCUCUUCUCUCCGCUGUCGUCAGACAAUAACACUAGUAAAGCGGAAACGAAAGCGAAAGCAAAAGCAAAAGCAAAAGCAAAAAAAGCUCCCACCUCGCUCGCAGCCCGCCCACCCCAAAAAGAGCAAAAGCCAAACGGAGACGUAUGUGCGCAAACAUUUGUUACAUAUACGUGGAUCCAAAAGCCAUGGCGGAUCAGAUCGGAAUCCUUCGAGGGAUCUCCUCGUCCUAUUGGAGCUGGGCUGGCGAUGGCGAACGAGAUCGUGCCCGCGGAGGGACCCUCCUCUAUGCCGUCGGUCCACCGGCCGAGUGCCCCCCAGUACUCGCGGGCUCCCUUCGACAGCGAGAAGGUCCCGCCGACGCUCGUCGCCGACGUGCGCCGCUUCCUCCGCGUGGCCAACCAGAUCGAGAGCGAGUCCCCUCGCGUCGCCUACCACUGUCGCUUUCAUGCUUUUGAGAACACACACAUGCUGGAUCAAAAUUCAAGCGGUCGGGGUGUCCGACAAUUCAAAACCGCACUUCUUCUGAGACUGAAGCAGGAUGAAUAUACCACCAUGCAUAUGCGGAAGGAAACAAGUGAUGCUCGGGAAUUGAAAUAUUUCUACAACAAGAAGAAAAUGAAAGAAGGUGAAGUUUCGUCUGUGCUAUUCGAAGUGUUGAAAGCAUUCAUGUCUAGAGCUGGCCCUGAGUCUGCUGCUGCUGCUGUUGACAUUGAAGAAAGUGUCCGUUCAUAUGAUCGAUAUAAUAUUCUUCCGCUUAACACUAGAGGUGGCCAGCAUGCAAUUAUGCUUCUUCCAGAGAUUAAAGCUGCAGUUUCUGCUGUACGUAGUGUUCGAGGUCUUCCAUUAGCGGAAGGUGCUCAGAAUGAUGCAGGUGGCCACAAGGAUUUAUUUGAAAGGCUUCAAUGCUGGUUUGGGUUUCAGAAAGGAAAUGUAGCUAAUCAGCGGGAACAUCUGAUUUUACUGCUAGCUAACAUACAAGGCAGGCUCAGUCCAAAGCCCACGUCCAUGUUGAAGCUUGAUGAUAGAGCGGUACAUGAACUAAUGGUGGAAUUAUUUGAAAAUUAUGUGAACUGGUGCAAAUUUUUGGGGCGACAAAGCAACAUUUGGUUACCGUCUGUGAAGCAGGAAGUGCAACAGUACAAAUUACUAUACAUUUCUCUAUAUCUGCUUAUAUGGGGGGAGGCUUCUAACUUACGGCUAAUGCCAGAGUGCCUAUGCUAUAUAUUUCAUCAGAUGGCAGGUGACUUAUAUGGGAUGCUAUCCGGCGCAAUUAGCUUUAAAACUGGAGAGAAAGUCGUACCUGCAUAUGGAGGAGAAUGUGAAUCUUUUCUCAACAACAUAGUUACCCCAAUCUACGAUGUCAUAUAUGAGGAAGCCCGAAAGAGUAAAAAUGGGCACUCUGAUCAUUCGACAUGGAGAAAUUAUGACGAUCUGAAUGAGUUCUUUUGGUCUGUUGAUUGUUUUAAGCUUGGUUGGCCCAUGCGUCCUGACCAUGAUUUCUUUUGUACAUCACCUCGAUCUAAACAAAGUAUGUCGCCUACCUCUAAUCAAAGUACGUCAGCUCUCUCUAAUCAAAGUAUCGAUACUAAGGAAACUAUAACUUCGCACUCUAAGUGGGUGGGCAAGACAAACUUUGUAGAAAUUCGAUCAUUCUGGCAUCUAUUUAGAAGCUUUGACCGGAUGUGGACAUUUCUUAUACUUGCUCUCCAGGUUAUGAUAAUCAUGGCAUGGCAUGGCUUGGAGACUCCUCUUGAAUUACUUGAUCCCUUAGUCUUCGGAGAUAUUUUAAGCAUUUUUGUGACUAAUGCAGUUCUUAGGCUCAUACAAGUGACUGUUGACUUUGUAUUUACAUGGAAAGCAAGGCAUACCCUGAACUUUAAUGAGAAACUAAGAUUUGCUUUGAAGUUUUGUAUAUGUGCAAUAUGGACGAUAAUUCUACCAGCUGUGUAUGCCACUUCUCAAAAAAAUUAUGUUUGCUCCACAAAACUAUCUCAGAGCAAUCUUUAUCUGUUCUGCUUAUCACCAUAUAUGAUUGUGGUCGCAAUAUACUUGACUAGUAAUGUCGUUGGAAUGGCAUUAUUUUUCUUUCCUGCUGUUAGCAGUUAUCUUGAGACCUCAAAUUGGCAAAUCUGUAAAUUCAUUUCCUGGUGGGCUCAACCACGACUAUACAUUGGACGAGGAAUGCAAAUGGGCCAAGUUUCUCUUCUGAAGUACACAACAUUUUGGGUGAUUCUAUUGACAAUCAAACUUUUGUUCAGCUAUUAUUUUGAGAUAAAACUUCUUGUACAGCCAACAAAGCAAAUAAUGAAAGUUAAUGUAAAUGAGUAUGAUUGGCAUGAGCUCUUUCCAAAAGUCAAAAACAAUGCCGGCGCAAUCCUUGCAAUCUGGGCCCCAGUUCUUCUUGUAUAUUUUAUGGACACACAGAUAUGGUAUUCUAUAUUUUGUACAAUAUUUGGUGGAGUUUAUGGUAUCAUCCAUCAUCUCGGGGAGAUUCGUACAAUGGGAAUGGUGAGAAGUCGGUUCCACUCCUUGCCCUCUAGGUUCAAUGAUUUUCUUGUUCCUCGCACAUCACAAAAAGAAAAUAAGAGGACUUACAGAAACUUUUUACACAACAACAUUUUUAAGGAUUUAAAACGUGAAAGGAGUGACCUGGUUAGAUUUGCUACAGUUUGGAAUCAAAUUAUCAGCAGCUUUCGCAAGGAGGAUUUAAUAAGUAACAGAGAGUUGGAUUUAAUGAUCAUGCCAGUGUCUGCAAAUUUGAGUUCUAAUUCUAUAAGGUGGCCAUUAUUUCUUUUGGCUAGUAAGUUUUCGGCAGCAGUGAAUGUGACUAAAGAUUUUGCGGGGAAGUAUGAGCAACUUCAGCGAAAAAUAAACAAAGAUAGUUAUAUGAUCAAUGCUAUUAAUGAAUCUUAUGACUCACUGAAGAGUAUCUUCGAGUUCCUCAUCACUGGUGAUCUAGAGAAAAGAGUUGUGGGGGAUAUUUUCAAAAAAAUUGAACAAGGUAUUAAAAAUUCAAGCCUUCUUGUGGAUUUUCAGAUGAAUGAACUUCCUAUUAUACAUGAUAAGCUUGUCCACCUGGUUGAAUUUCUGUUUGAAAACAAACUAGCUCAUCGAGAGAAAGUAGUCAUUUUACUUCAAGAUAUAAUAGAGAUUUUGGCAAAAGAUGUGAUGAUGAAUAAUUCAAGUAUCUUGGACAUGAUCAAUUGCUCCACGAAUCUGGUGUUAGAUGGUGAUGGUUUAUUUGGAUGUCAUCAGCCAGAGUUGUUUGCAUCUGACUGUGCCAUAUGUUUCCCAUUUCCUGAUGAUGAUUCAUUGAAAGAACAGGUUAAGCGACUAUAUUUGUUGCUCACCGUCAAAGAAAAAGCUAUGGACAUUCCCACUAACUUGGAGGCUGGAAGACGCAUCUCAUUCUUUGCGACAUCUUUGUUCAUGGAUAUGCCUAGUGCUCCAAAAGUGUGUAACAUGUUGUCAUUCAGUGUGAUGACUCCUUACUAUAUGGAAGAAGUUAAAUUUUCACAUGAGGAGCUUCACUCAAGUCAAGAUGGGGCAUCCAUUCUCUCGUAUAUGCAAAAAAUAUAUCCAGAUGAGUGGACAAACUUUCUAGAACGUCUCGGUCCUAAGGCAUCAAAUGAAGAAAUUCAAUAUUGGGCUUCUUUCCGUGGACAAACAUUGAGUCGCACUGUCCGAGGAAUGAUGUAUUAUAGGGAGGCUUUGAAACUGCAAGCAUUCCUGGACAGAGCUAGUGAUUCAGGUGGGGAAAUGGUACAUCUUAAAGCAGGAUAUGCUGCUAUUGAUGGAGAACAGAACAAGAGAAACAGCCAGCAUGCAUUGUCAGCUCAGUCUGAUGCAUUAGCCGAUAUGAAAUUCACUUAUGUUGUCUCUUGCCAAAAUUUUGGAGCGCAAAAAUCUUCAGGUGAUCCACAUGCUCAGGAUAUACUUGAUUUGAUGAUAAGAUAUCCAUCAUUACGUGUUGCUUACAUCGAGGAGAAAGAAGUUAACUCGGCUGAUAAUCGACGGCAGGUUUAUUCUUCUGUACUGGUCAAGGCAGACAAUAAUCUCGAUCAGGAGAUAUAUCGUAUCAAGUUACCUGGCCCACCGAUUAUUGGCGAAGGGAAGCCUGAGAAUCAAAACCAUGCAAUUAUUUUCACUCGUGGUGAUGCCCUACAAACGAUUGAUAUGAACCAAGACAAUUAUCUUGAAGAAGCGUAUAAAAUGAGAAAUGUUCUUCAAGAAUUUCGUAGACAUCAUGGAGAGAACCCUCCGACCAUACUUGGUCUCAGGGAACACAUAUUCACCGGAAGUGUCUCAUCUCUUGCGGGGUUCAUGUCCUAUCAAGAGACUAGUUUUGUCACCAUCGGGCAAAGGUUUCUUGCAAAUCCCCUCAGGGUGAGGUUUCAUUAUGGACACCCAGAUCUAUUCGACAGGGUAUUUCACCUGACAAGAGGUGGUGUAAGCAAAGCAUCUAAAACCAUCAAUUUGAGCGAGGACGUCUUUGCUGGAUUUAAUUCCACACUACGUCGGGGAUAUGUAACCUACAAUGAGUAUAUGCAAGUUGGCAAAGGACGUGAUGUUGGUCUUAAUCAGAUAUCAAAAUUCGAAGCGAAGGUAGCAAAUGGAAACAGUGAACAAUCCCUCAGCCGUGACAUUUACCGCCUCGGGCAACGCUUUGACUUUUUCCGGAUGCUUUCUUGUUAUUUCACGACGGUUGGGUUUUACUUCAACAGCCUAAUAUCAAUAUUUGGGGUUUAUAUCUUCCUCUAUGGCCAGCUAUACUUGGUUCUUAGUGGACUGGAGAAGGCGUUAAUCACGGAGGCUCGAAUGCAGAACGUAAAAUCGUUAGAAACAGCACUUGCAUCCCAGUCUUUCCUCCAACUAGGACUCCUUACCGGGUUACCCAUGAUGAUGGAGCUUGGUUUGGAGAAGGGGGUCCGUAUGGCCUUGAGUGACUUCAUUCUCAUGCAAUUGCAGCUGGCCUCCAUCUUCUUCACGUUUUCACUCGGAACGAAGGCCCAUCAUUUCGGAAGAACCCUUCUCCACGGUGGUGCCAAAUACCGACCCACCGGUCGCAAAUUCGUGGUUUUCCACGCAAGCUUUUCUGAGAACUAUCAGCUCUACUCACGAAGCCACUUCGUCAAAGGAUUCGAGUUGCUCUUCCUCUUGAUCGUCUACAACCUGUUCAGGAGAACUUAUGAGAGCACAGUGGCGUAUGUCAUGAUCACUUACUCUUCAUGGUUCAUGGCGGGAACCUGGUUGUUCACGCCCUUCCUCUUCAAUCCUUCUGGAUUCGUGUGGCGAAAGAUCGUCGAGGACUGGACUGACUGGAACAAGUGGAUGAACAAUCAGGGCGGCAUCGGCAUACAGCCAGACAAAUGUUGGGAAUCAUGGUGGAAUGCCGAGCACAUUCAUUUUCGGCACUCGGGGUUGAGUUCCGGAAUGGUCGAAGUUGUUCUCUCCCUGCGGUUCUUCAUUUAUCAAUAUGGACUCGUUUAUCACCUCGACAUAUCACACCAAAGCAAAAACAUCGUGGUUUAUGUGCUUUCAUGGUUUGUGAUUGUUGCCGUGUUCUCGUUGGUCAAGCUGAUACAUGUGGGCCGUCGCCGGCUUAGCGCGAAGCAUCAUCUUCUAUUCAGGGUUUUCAAGUUGUUUUUGUUUCUGAGUGCGAUAGCAUGCAUCAUCACUCUAUCGAGCGUAUGCAAGCUCUCCAUCAUGGAUCUAUUUGUGUGCUGCCUUGCCUUCAUACCCACUGGCUGGGGGCUACUGUUGAUCGCUCAAGUUCUGAGACCCAAGCUCGAGUACACGGGUGUGUGGGACACCAUCCAAGCCGUAGCGUAUGCUUACGACUCUGGGAUGGGCUGUGUGCUCUUUGCACCCAUCGCAGCCUUGGCAUGGAUGCCUGUCAUAUCAGCCAUCCAGACGCGGGUCCUCUUCAACCAGGCAUUCAACCGGCAGCUCCACAUUCAACCUAUUCUUGCAGGGAAAAGCAAACUCAGAUAAUUCGGGACUCUGGAUGACUAAGUUUUGAUUGUGUAUGAUAUGAUUGUUAUUAUUUUCUAUCAAGCAAGAUUUAACAUAAGAAAUAUAGACUAUCAAAAAUGGAAUGGACAAAGAACUUAUUGUCCACGUUAAAUAUUAAA